UUGUGUAAAAGUGAAAUAAUGAAAAAGUUACUUUUUUUUAACAAUCGAAUGUACUGACCCCACCGAGGUAAAAUAAUAAAAAAAGUUACUUGUCGUUAUAGCUUGUUCCAUUCAAGAAGGUUCGUCGAAUCUACGUAUUAAAGUAGCUAUGAAAGUUAUUUUAUCGCUUAUUCAAAUGCAAAUAGACUUUUAGUGAUAUUUUUUUCCUUUAUCUUGAUGUAUAUAUAAAUAGUACAUCUGCUUAACAAGAUCCCUCUCCUCUUAACUUCAGCAGGGCCAACAACACUAUACACCAUUCUUUUGAACAAAGAAAAUGAUCUACCCUUCAAACAUUAACCCUAAUUUCACAGAUUUCGGUGAAACUUUCAAAUUCGAUGAUUAUGAUGAUGACGCUUUUCAGAUGAUCAUGGAAGGAAUCAGCCUCGGGGAUCACUCGCCCACUUUGAGUUGGACUUCAUCAGAGAAAUUACUGGCUACAGAAGUCACAAGCCCGCUUCAAACAAGCCUAGCUACCUCACCUAUUAGCUUUGAAAUAGGGGACAAAGAUGAGAAAAAGAAGAGGAAAAGACACAAAGAUGAUCAGGUUAUCCACGUGUUUAAAACGAAAUCAGUUAAAGAAAUUGCUUUAGAUGACGGAUACAAAUGGAGGAAGUACGGCAAGAAACCAAUAAGGGGUAAUCCAUUUCCGAGGCAUUAUCACAAGUGUUCGAACCCCAAUUGCAUCGUGAAGAAGAAGAUCGAGAGAGAUACGAGCAAUCCGGAAUAUGUAUUGACAACCUAUGAAGGGAGACAUAACCACCCAAGCCCUUCUGUGGUAUAUUGCGAUUCAGACGACUUUGAUCUUACCUCUCUCAACACUUUGUGUUUCCAGACACAUAAUUAUAGUUAUUCACAUUCCGCUCCAUGACCAUACUUACAAGUUUGUGAAUAUAGAUGUGUGUAUAUAUAGUAUAUAUCAUCAUCGUAAUCACGCAUCACAUGUAUCCGCAUAUACAUUGUUGUGUUGAUUUUGUAAUGUACUUAAUUGGGGUGGUGUGAUGGAAAUCAUUUUGUAUGAUAGUUGUUUUUGUAUAUAGACAGACUAUUUUAGUUAAUAGUUUACUAAUGUGAAACUCGUAAGGAUGGAUCUUAGCCGAAAACUACAUGAACCUGAAGACCCGUUUAACACCCAAUAUGCACCUACCUGAAUUAUUACUAAGCAUGAAACCACUGUCACAACUCACGACCCCUAGCAAAUAACCAUCCAGUUGUCUCACCUGAGUCAGUUAGGAUUUUGGAUGUAACACCUAGGCAGUGACUGUUUGUUACACAUAGCAAACAACCUUUUCAAAACUGAUACUAAUAUAAAACUGUGCACAAUGACUCAAUGAGUUAUGAACAACUUUUUUUUUGUCACAGAGUUAUGAACAACCAACCAUAGAAAUUGUGAACAAACGGAGAGAAGCCAUUCACAAUUUCGUUUUUGUCAAUACUAAUGCAGACAUUUCCUUAAAUAAUAUUUCUAUAUCUUAACAUGAAAGUAUUUAAAAUUCAUGGUUUAAAGCUGCAAUAUGUUAUCAUAUAUUUCCACUAUUUUAUACAUAUAUUUCCGCUUAUGUUUAAAACAACGGGCAUACAUAAAAUAAACUUUGAUAGAUCACAUUUCAAAUGGUUACAAAUUAUGUUUUUAAAUUCAUGUAGCUAUAUGUUUCAUUUCGGGUUUAAGACAAUAUACGGGGGGUACUUCCCCUUUAUUUUUAUUUUUUUUAUCAAAGGCUGCCCCUUUUAAAUAUUGUUAAAAUAGCAAAAUGUUCACAACUUCGUAUCACGUAUCCAGUCAACUCCAACUCAGAAAGAACACAAUUAACGCUUAUAGAGUGGAUUAUCCUGAAAACGUACUACACUGUCUAAGCCGUGUUUGAAAUAUCUUCCUGCUAGUGUCUUCAAAAUAAUUAUACUUUGCCUAUCAUGAGCUUAUCAAAAUAAUUGGCGACUAACUAUAGGAAAUUUAAUGUAAAUUGUUCAGAAGAAGACAACUCAGUUCUCCUGUAAAUUACAUGAUUUACUUUUGUCGUCUAUUACCUGUAAAUUAAAUUAUUUAAAAGACUAAACAUAUCUAUAUAUCUUUCGUAAUAAUUGAGUUGGACUUGGUUUUCAGAUUCGGAUUCGGAUUCGCUGGCUUGGUCUAACUAUUUUCUUUUAGUUGGUAAAGGAUUCACAUGGUUUCUCUUCACAUCAACCAAUAUCAUAACACGUGAUAAAGAACCCUUUUUCUAAUUUUCUUUAUUUUUUCAGAAGACAGAAGAAGAAAGAUCAUAAAUUAAAGACCUAUCUCGUAGACUUUGUUUUUGUCUCUUUCCAGAAACCAUAAAAGAAACUUUUCCAGCAGACCAAAAGAAAGAAGAAUCUCAUAGAACCUUGAGCUUCUCGACAAUGGAGUCUUUGAAGAACAGAACAUUGCUUAAAGUCAUUGUCCUCGGAGAUAGCGGAUAUGGGAUACGGCCGGACAAGAGAGAUUUCACAGUCUAGGAGCCGCUUUCUAUAGAGGUGCUGAUUGUUGCGUUCUUGUCUACGAUGUGAACGAUCUCAAAUCUUUUGAAACUCUCAAUACUUGGCACUCUGAGUUCCUCAAACAGGCAAAUCCUAUGGAACCUGAGACGUUUCCUUUUGUUUUGAUUGGGAACAAAACCGAAGUAGAUGGCGGAAACAACCGAGUUAUAAGAGAGCCAUUGAAUGGUGUGGUGCAAAGGGAAACAUACCGUACUAUGAAACCUCUGCAAAGGAAGAUGUUAAUGUGGAUGAAGCUUUUUGGGGUGUUGCACAGAAAACUCUUUCCAGUGAACUUAAACAAAACAUAUAUAUCCCAGUUAUUUCUGAAUCUUUUGCAGACAUCCAUGAGGGGCAGUCAAGACGUUGUUCUUGCUGAUUCAUACUUAACAUAUCUGAUCAAUAAUAUCUACUCCAAAUUAACUCUUAUGUGUUCAAUAUUUUUAUUUAAUUAUAUGUCGGUUUACUUCAUGGUUUAUUAACGAAGAACUAAUACAUGCAACGACCUGAGUGUUGUGAUUAGUGUGAAGUUUUUUAAAAUUUAUGUUUCAAGUUUAUGUUCCAUUG